GUUUCGAGUCAAUUUCCAUUAUACAGUUAGAUCAGGUCAUGGAUUUAAGUGUAAAGCAGAACCAAUGUUGUAGCUCCUCUGAAUCAGGAGAAUCUCACCAGACAGAGAGAGACUCACUAAAUGCACAACCGGCAUCUGGAGCUUCAGCUGAGAUAAGCCUUGGGGAAAUUGUGCUUGAACCUGCUCCUGAGUUGGAUUCCCUCUCUGACGCUUCUGUUGCGAGCAGUGUUGAAUGUGUUAAAGGUUCUGUUGGGGGAGAGACCCUGGAAUUGACCACCUCAUCCUCCAGCAACUGGAACCACACAGAUGGUGUUAAAAGAAAGACUACAGGAACACACCUCGUCCAAAGAUCCAGCUCUCCUUCUAAAGAGUGCUUUGAACGUCAGUACAAUGUGGGAAAGCUUCUGGGGAAAGGAGGCUUUGGUUGCGUCUAUGCAGGAGUUCGUAGGACGGAUGUAAAACAGCCUGGUGAUACAAACCGCCUCCCUGUAGAAGUGGCGUUAAUGCUCAUGGUGUCAAACCCGCCUCGCUGCGAACAUGUCCUAGAGCUUCUGGAAUGGUUUGACACGCCAGAGUAUUACGUUUUGAUCCUGGAGCGACCCGAUCCCUGCAUGGACCUCCUUCAAUAUCGUGGAAAUGGCCCACUUUCUGAACCACUGGCUCAAGUCAUCAUGUGGCAAGUGGUUCUGGCUGCUCGACACUGUUGUGACCGUGGGGUUCUCCAUCGUGACAUCAAGGAGGAGAACCUUCUCAUAAAUUGGGAAAGAUUAGAGGUUAAGCUGAUAGACUUUGGUUGUGGUGAAUUGCUCAAGUCGACCCCCUACAAAACAUAUUCAGGCACUAUGUUAUAUAUUCCACCUGAAUGGAUCACAGAGGGUCAGUAUCAUGGCUGCCCUGCAACUGUCUGGAGUCUGGGCAUCCUGCUGUUUGUUUUAGUUUGUGGAGACAUGCCAUUCUGGAAUGAAUGGGAGAUUGCUAAGAGACCCCUCUUCUUCACACCUGGUGUGUCUGAGGCAUGCCGUCAUCUGAUCAGCAGUUGCCUGAUGAAGGAUCCAAAUAAACGGCCCAGUCUUGAGGAGAUCCUGGAGCACCACUGGUUUCCAGAGAGCCUUAAGAACUAAGUUCAGGCACCUGUAUAGGUUUCUAACAGAUAGGUCAUGGGCACCUGUAUAGUUUGUAACAAUUAGGUCAUGGGUGAGCAUAUCAGGGACCGCACAAUGAUCAAUGUGUAUAUGUGUAUGUGUAUUAGCAAAACUGUCCACUGUUUGCUUUCACGCAAUGUUGGAGUGAUCUUAGGUGACAGGUUGGAGUGAGAUUUGCAGUUUCAUGAAGAAGAGGAUGAACCCAAAAAAAGCAGAACAGGAAUAAUAGGGAUCAGCUUGAGAACACAGGUCUGCUAAAAGAACAGAUCCGGAGAUUCAGAUGACUUGAAUUCCUCAGCACCAUGUAACAUCAGUGUCCACUGUGCCAAAUCAAGAAGAACGACUCCUCAAUGAACAAGUCUAACCUACUGGCGGAAGCAACCAGAUUUGGGCUUAAGCAUCUUGAGACCUGCAACAAAACAGCCCUAGAACAUCACAAAGCCACCACUGCAAUUAAUAGUGUGUGUCUGUUAAAAUGACAUUAAAGCACAAUAAAAAUAAUAAUAGGUUUUAGAAAGUCUACGAAAUUAAUUUACAGUCAAUAUAUUAUUUUGUAUCUCAGCUGUCUAGAGGUUUUUGUCUUGACCUUCUCAAUGGUGGUAUACAGU